GCGAACCGCAUCGACAAACAAAGAUGGCGACACCCAUGUGUUCGAAAUCGUUAACAUCUAACGUAAUGGAAACAGCGCUAUAGACGUUUCAAGCUGACUGGUUUAUUUGCUAGGCGUUGCUCUAUGCUAGAUGCUGAGUUAUGGUCGAAAGCGAUUGUCGCCAGUGGAAGUGAACUCUUCGAACGGGAGAAGUUUUUGGCGGGUAAUGAAAGCAAAAAUACUUAAAUGUGUCAACCUUCCAGUAGCGUUCACUAGCGUAUCUGUGAGAUGAAGUGUAUUUUUAGCAUAAUACAAAAUAAAACUAGCAAAUAAAGGAACAACGAUAACUUUCGCAUACAGCGGGCAGAAAAUAGACACAUAGCAAGCACAGGAAAUUGUGACUCCACGAAUGAUCUGUUUUAUUUGUGUGACACUCACGCUAAUCUGGCGAAUGAAUAAAGACACUUCUUGAAGAGUUUCCUUGCGGACUUAACGGAAUCAUACGUGAACUGAAUCGUGAAGUGCCUAAAAGCUGGUGAUCAGUGUCAGUCCAGGCAACACAAAAGCGGCAGGUACCGGAUGCCUUAACGCACCCUAAUUUGCAGCCAGUACUACGAGGCCCCAGUAGCCAGGCACACAAACGAACUUUGACAGCAACUAGCAAAACUUAUAACAAAUUACAACUGGCUGUUUUUGGAGUGGCACAACCUAAGCGGCAACGUGUCAUGCGGUGAGGGCCAAGUCAGCCGCAGGAGCUUCAACUGUAACGGACGAAAUCAUAUCUUAUUGUCGAACUUUCAACGCUGUUCUACCAACUCGAAAGCAUUUGUGUAAGCGCCUUGCGAGCUCCUCAUCUCGUCUGAUCGUGAUUGAUAAGAUCAGCUGCCAGUCGGAUUGGAAACCCCGGCACGUGUUGGUAAUAGUUUGGUAAUAGCAACUUUUAAGGGUCAUCUGCAAAGAUGCCUUUAGACGAUUCAACAGAAGAUAUUACCUCAAGUAUAGCUGAGUCGCUACUUCGUAAGGUGGCGUUACCAGCUAACUGUCUCACAUCCUUGAGCCAGCUCAUUGAUCGGCCGAAAAAACUUCACGACACCAUGUUUGAUUUACUAACGAAAAACGAAAUCAAAGCUAUGAUGCCUGACUCCUUGAAGUCGAUGACUGUAUCAGAGCUGAAGCUGAAAUGCCUCCGGAUACUAGAAAAACUGUCGCCUGAGGAAAUUGUCAAAAUGAUCCGGCAUGGAGAUUUAACCAUACCGGAGACAAAAGAUUACCGAAAUCUUAUCGAAUCGUCAUCUUCAACGGAUCAGCCUUUGAAACCCGACCUUAAUAGUCGGGUUCACAAUACCGAGACGGAGCGAACUACAGCCAAGUCGCCCAACAGGACGUAUGUCCGUACGCAGGAAUCAACAAACGCCAAUGGGGGUGGAAAACAAAACUCGACGAAAAAGGACCGGAAGAAAGGCACGGACACGACUUCUUCAAGAGGCACAUUGAAGGUUGCUCGAAAGGUGGCUAGCGUUGGGGAAAGGACAUGUUCAGAGAGUCACACACAAAAGGACUUGUACAACACGAGACGAGCGAAAACGAAGUCAACUCCUAUGGGGGAGAAAGGCAAUCAGCAGAGCGACAAUGAUUCCUCUAGCCCUUCAACCUGGGCCAGCGGAUCUACUGCGGAGGAACGCUGGAGCCGUAGUCCAAGCCCGCGAGAACACGAAGCCGAAGCAGGCCGGAACAACCGCGGUCCUCAGUCGUCAAGUUCAGAUGCAUUUUCCGCUGACGAUGCAAUCGAUCAGCGACAUCUGAACAAAGUACAGCCAAACACAACGAAAGCAGAUAAAGCUAGUAGGAUUAUAGAAAAUAAACCUUCUCGUCCUGAUCCUGAUGAAGAUUCAUCGGUGGAAUCGGACGUCGAUUCUGGAGUUAGAACGGGCAAGCUAUCAAGUGGUAAUGCUUUGGUGUAUUCAGUCAUAGAUAAUGCCGACGGAGAGCGAACAGCAAUUGCAGCAGCAGCAGAACUCGGCGACGCUGCAAACCACCGCCUUGAAGAAAUGGGACUGGCUGAACUAGAGCAGAGAGCACGCGCUCUCAAAGCUUUAAUGGCCAAACUCGAAAAAGAUAAAACUGUAGAAGUUACUGGUUCUCAGCCAGCGCCAACAGAUGCCCAGCAUAUUACAGAGGACAGCAUGUUGUCGCAAAGCUCCGUUGGUGCUGUUAAAGAAAAAGAAAAGUCAGAUGUCAACUCGCAGCAGGACCAUAACAAGCCGGAUGCUCCGACAAGCAAGGACUUGAAGUUCUCAUCCUCAAAAAUCGAUCGUUCACGAAGAUAUACUGAAAAGAAAGGCCGAAAAAGCUCUUCUUCCCCUUCACAAAAACGUUCCCGGAAAUGAACAUAAGGAUCACAGCGAAAAAAGAGGCGACUGGGAGAAUCAAACUCGACCAGAAAUUAGAGGGGAUACCUAUUCUGGAUUGUUUCACUUGUAAUCGCUGACGGAUUGAUGGAAUUUCGACAUUAAUUAGCAAUAGUUCUCUCUUCCAUCGGAUUCUGUUGUCUAUAUUUUCGCAUCAGGUUUACACGUGAUCUAAUCCUCCUUAGCGUAGCUUCUUUACAAUUUUCGCCUCAUUUAGACUUAUCGUUGGUGAAAGUUUAUUUGCUACGAUCUUUCACUUAUUAAUCAUGAUUCAUUUGGUUCUCAAUUCGUAUAUUUGUAUUAGAAAAAAACAUGCUUAGUUUGGAUUCUUAGUAAAAAUAUAUCAGUGAUAGAGAAAAGAUUCAAGGAGCGGAAAAAACUAAAAGGUCUCUUUCUAGAAACAAAAAAGGGAAAAUAGCAGUCCAGGUAAAUUAUCACUUAUAUAUAACGAUCAAAACAGAUUAAUUUUUUUUUAAUCUGAGAAAGC